AUGUCAACGGCGACACCGACGACAAGGGUUACUUCGCCUCCGUUGCAGGACCCGGUCGAACGCGCUUCCAUGCAUUCUCUGCUCAACUUCAAGAUCCGCAAGCCCAGCUACGGUCCUCGCCAUCUCGCACUGAAGAACCACGCCGUGGCUGCGAUUGGCGAGUUCGUCGGGACUUGUCUCUUCUUGAUCUUCGUGUUCGGAGGUACAAACGUCGCAAACAUGGCUGUGUCGGACGUGAACAGCACGGCCAACUCGAACCAGACAGGCUCGACUGCAGCUUUGCCGAACACUUCGAACCUCCUGUACAUCGCCUUCUCCUUCGGCAUCUCCUUAACGGUCGUCGCAUGGUGUUUCUACCGAGUCUCCGGCGGCCUGUUCAACCCCGCCAUCACGCUCGGCAUGUUCCUCGUCGGCGCAAUGUCACCCGUUCGAGCCGUCAUCCUCGCCUUCUCGCAGAUCCUCGGCGGCAUCACAGGCGCGGCCAUCACUGAAGCUCUCUUACCAGGCAACCUGAUGGUUCGCACGACGCUCAAGACGGGCAUAUCUGUCGUCCGAGGAUUGUUCAUCGAGAUGUUCAUGACGGCGCUCCUCAUGCUCGCAAGUGCGUUGCUUUCUAGCAACUCGAAAAGACACGAGUCACUUACCAUCCUCCUCGCAGUUCUCCUCCUCGCUACGGAGAAGCACAGCGGAACGUUCUUGGCGCCUCUGCCAAUCGGUCUUGCGCUUUUCUGCUCGGAACUGGUCUCGGUCUACUACACCGGCGGUUCUCUCAAUCCGGCUCGCACUUUCGGUCCAUGCGUCGUCCAGCACAAGUUCGAGUCCUACCACUGGCUCUACUGGGUCGGACCUGCACUCGGCGCCCUCGUCGCAAGCGGCUUCUACCACUUGAUUAAAUACCUCGAGUACGAGACGGUGCUUUCGGAGGACGACGAAGACGAGGAAGAUGAGGAGGAGCAGGUCGCGUCACCUCAGCAGGCCGACGCGCCUGUCUUGCAGAUCGCUACCGACGCCGCGGGCGCACCGGUCGUUCAGGCUGUCACCCAGAUGGCGGCUGGCGGGAAGGUGAAGGGACAUCAGCGCUACGUUAUCGAAGGAACCGGUCUUGCCGCUGCACUCCUGCAGCGCAUGGCAACAGAGCAGCACCAGCAGCAUCGGACGGGCCCUCACAAUCGCGGUCGGCAGACGCCUUUCACGAACCCAGCUUACGACCAACGCUUUGAGCGCCUCGAAGGCAUAAUGAGCAAGCUACUCGACGCAGUCGAGCAGGGUCGUGCGGGCGGAAGCAGUGCGAGCGUUGCGACUACGGCUGCCGAGCACUCGCUCUCCGCCGAGGAGAAGGUGUAG